CUGAUGUUCCGUUAGCUUGCAGUUAGUCAUUACCUUCGCAUGCUGUUGAUGUUAAUUGUUGCUUCAUGGCAAGUUAUUGUGGCCAAAAUUUCCAGUAGUUGUUAAGCGUGUAUGGUUUUCCUGAGAAUUCCCUGGUUUUUCCUUGGGAGAAUGAUCGUCAACAAAUGGAUGAUCGUGGCUUUUAUUGUUGCGUUUGUUAUUCUAGAGAUGCAAAUUCUUCAAAUGACGAAUGUUACAACACAUGAUGAUCACAACGAGUAUGCAGGGAAUUUGCCGUCUAGCAAUAUUUUGAGAGACAGGGGUCAAUUUGAAAACAACUAUGAGUCUGACUCAUCCACUAGAGGGAAAGCCAGAUUACAAACUGAAGAUGAUCACAUCAUAAUUUUCUACAACAGAGUCCCAAAGACAGGCAGCACAUCUUUCAUGGGUGUGCUUUAUGCUUUAUGCCGUCCAAACAGAUUCCAUGCUCUGCACCUCAAUGUUAGUCGAAACUCUCACGUGAUGUCACUUUCUGAUCAGAUACGUUUUGCUCGCAACAUUACAACAUGGAAACAGGUGAUGCCAGCUGUCUAUCAUGGUCAUCUUGCCUACAUGGACUUUCAAAGACUCGGUGUUUACCAAAGUCCCCUAUUUAUAAACAUGAUAAGGAAGCCUUUGGACAGACUAGUUUCCUACUACUAUUUCUUGAGGUUUGGAGAUGAUUUUAGGCCAUACCUUCGAAGAACAAGACAAGGAGAUAAAGAGACAUUUGAUGAAUGUGUUCAGAAUGGAAAUCCAGAUUGCAGGCCUGAGAGGCUGUGGCUGCAAAUUCCAUACUUUUGUGGUCAUGCACCGCAGUGCUGGUCACCAGGAAAUAAAUGGGCUUUGGAGCAAGCUAAAAGAAACUUAGUUGAAAAAUACUUACUAGUGGGAAUCACUGAGGAAAUGGGGAACUUUGUCGCAGUUUUGGAAGUAGUACUGCCAAGAAUAUUUAAAGGGGCAACAAAAUUGUUUAAUGAAGGUGGUAAAUCUCAUCUAAGGAAGACAGCAUCGAAGAAACCAUUGGAAAGUUCAACAAUUGAAUACUUUGAACAAUCAAAAAUAUGGAAAAUGGAAAAUGAUUUUUACGAAUUCGCUAAUAAGGUUUUUCAAGAUGCCAAGAAGAGGGCGCUGAUAAUGAAGGACGGUAUCUUAGAACCUGUAAAAAAACAAUUCUUUUACGAGAAGAUAAGGCCAAAAUAAGCCAGUAAAGUAUUUGAAUUACUCAGAUUUUUAAUAUAUACUCAGGAUAAUUUUCCCCUUAAAUGAGCGAGGAGUUGGUAUUGAUGUCCGUAAGAGUGAAGUAUCAACUGAAGCCGCCCAUUUUAACACUACCGAGUUAACACGAGGAGUUGAGAUAAGCACGAAAUGACACGGCCAACAGCGUCACAUUGUCUCUGAAACUCGCUCAAUAUUAACAUCAAGUCGUCAAAUUUAGGUGACUUUCUCGGUGUGGAAUGUUUAUGGAGCAGCAUUCAAGUCCAGAGAGAAAAAGAGAAAAAUUGGGAUCAAUGUUAGUAUUAGACAACUGCGCGCUUACCCCUCCCCUAACCCCACAGCAGUCAAAGGGGAGGGUUAGUGUUUGGUUACGGGAGGGGUAGGUGCGCAGUUGCUCAGUGAUCUAAAAAUUGAUGUCGAGUGUGGACUCACUCCUUAAAAUGUUGCAUUGAAAAAUUUCCUUCCGUAAUCGUGCAGUUGCGAGGGAAAAAUUAAGAAUUGAAAUGAAACAUAGCACGUACACAAUUCUGCUGCCUUGGCGUUGUUCGGAAAAUCCUCUUGAAAUGGAGACUACCAGUGAAGGAGAAAAUUGUCUCUAAACUACUACAUGGGGAUCUUGUGGAAAAAGACAUUGAGAAAAAUAUAGAAAAGGUACUGUAUGCGAAGUUCAGUUGUCUGACUGCCCGUUAAUUCGGAAUAAGUUAGAAACUUAAACUUUUCAAAAUCGUCUUUGCCAACACACUCCCCAUACUCCCUCAAUAGGGCGAGUGUCGCAAAUCCAAUCCAAUAGUCAUCACAUCGGUCAAUCAGUGCAAAGGUACACGACAGAACGAGCCAAUCACUGCUCAGAGUAAACGUAUGCGAAAAGAAAUGGAACCCAGACUAAGUCUCCUCUCAUUGGUUUAGAAGCAGGUGGGAGUUUUUUCUCAACCAAUCGGAGAUUGUGGUGAGACAAAACUAAUGCACUGUCGAUUACUUCAAGUCUCGAUGAUUGCACCUAUAUGUGUGGGUUGGAGCAGUCUUUGAUUGAAUAUGAAGAGAAAUCAGCCACUGCCUUGUUUUUGCUGUAUUCGAAUCUGUGAUUGGUGUAGAAUGCUCGCGCCAUCAACUAAGCCAAUCAGACGCAGAUUUAACACCAAUCAUGGUUUGGUCACAGUGUUUCCAGAGCGUCUGGUAGUUUGCCUGUUUUUUUUUUUGGUUUUUUUUUCCAGUUAUGAUUUUUCUUUGUUGUGAUGGGUGGUUGUGAUUAAUUUGGCAAUGGUUGAUGGACAAUCAACUGAAAAAUGCUCUGUAUAGCUCAUUUGAAACGCAAAAGUUAACACACAUGGGAAUACUUUACGGGUAAUUAAAGAACGUGGAUUGAUUUAUUUCGUCUGGAAUAACGUCUGUAAACGAAUCCUUGCAAGCAAGUAAUUUUCUGUGAAUGAUAAACAUAAUUAGGAUUAAACCAAUUUUUCCCAUGUA